AUUUGUACCUUCGGCCAGCCUCGUCAUGUUCGUACGACUAAAAAGUGGACUGUUGCCUUAUCUGGGGUAUAAACGGCGUCUGUUUUUAGCGGUUCUCGUUGCGGUUGCCUUUAUUUUCAGUAUAUUAUCGUCGACCUCAAGUUGGAGAAAAGUUCUUACAGAAAUUAGGGAUACACAUGCGUCUACGAAACACAAUUAUGAAAAGCCUACAGAGAAAACAGAACGGGAACAAUUCGACUCAGAACCAGAGCAUGCGGAGCUGUUGGAUCUUCCAGAGGAACCGGUGCCUAUAAUUAUAGAGGAUAUUCUUUUGUCCAGUUCAAAACCUCCGCCAGGACGAACCAUAUUUUUUAUUGAGAAUAGCUGCCAUCGUUCAUAUACCCAUUACAAAAUGAGUAGAAUUAAGGCGCAUCAGGCCUGUCCCAUUGAAUCUGCCGCUUUGCAUAAUCCAAAUUUCCAAGUAUUUGUUCUGUUUGCCUGCCCCACCCACCGUAACAAAUCGAUGCCCAUCAUUGAUGCCCUUCUAAGCUACAAAAAUGUGCACUUUCGGUCGCUAAAUCUGGAUCUCUAUGCACAGGAUACACCCAUCGCGGAUUGGGUCAAGAAAGGCGAUCUAUAUACAUCAAGAUAUCUGAUAUUUCACCUUUCCGACCUACUCCGAUUAAUUACACUAUAUCGCUAUGGCGGUGUUUACCUGGACAUGGACGUCUUGCAGUUACGCAGCUUGGAGGAUGAGCCACUGAACUUUGCAGGAGCUGAGAGAGCAGAUAGCAUUGGCAACAGUGUUAUAAGUUUGGAGCCCAACGGAUUUGGCCAUCAGCUUGGCGAAUUAUUUCUGCAGGACUUUCAGAAGAAUUAUGAUAGCGAUGCGUGGGCCCAUAAUGGACCCAUGGGCUUAGUGCGCGUUUUGUCAGAGAUUUGUGGUACGAAAAAUGUUACUCUCAUGGUGAAUAAUCGGAAACGCUGUCAUGGCUUUAGAGUGUUCGAUAUUAACGCAUUUUACGAGGUGAAAUUUGAUGAAUGCAUAAUGUUUUUCAAUCCGGAGAACUCGACUGAAACGCUAGCCCGGACUAAGAAUUCGCGAAUGGUGCACAUAUGGAAUCACAUAGUCAGAAAAUGGCCACUUAAGAUUGAUUCAAAAUCCGCCUAUAUGCACUGGGCGGCACAACAUUGUCCAAGAGUCGUUGCGGCCACUGGAGAGUUGUUCUAUUAAGCCCAUCUGGCUUACUCAUGUUUCAGUUGUGUUGAUUAUGAGGAUAUUGUUACACAUAUUAUUUUUUCACGUAUUAGUAUUAAUAAGACAUAAGUUAAAUAUUUCUCUUGAUCGUACAAAACUUCAGUACGCACACACAUGUAUAUUAAUUGUAAUGAAUUUGAAAUUAGUUGCAAUCGCUGCAAUAAUCAGCUGUUGGUUGGCAGCAAAUGUAACUGUAAGUAAUUUUAAAUACACUGCGCUGAUACUAAUACACUUAUCGAUAUCGAUAAUUGUACACAACUUGUAAUAAUAACUUUUGUAAAAAAGCUGAUAAAAAACAGGUAUAAAAUUUAAGCGAAAAAACAAUAAGUAAAACACCGUUUGAUAGUA